CACUGCACUCCAGCCUGGGCGACAGAGCAAGACUCCGUCUCAAAAAAAAAAAAAAUUUUGCUCAGUACCUGGCCAAAAAAGAAGCAGCUCACUCCCUGUACACAGAGGGUAAGAGAAAGGAGAUGGUUGAACUUCUAAACUCGCUAAAGCAGGAGAGGCAAAUGUGGAAUGUGCUCAGGAAAUAUCUGUGAGAUGAAUGAAUUUGAGGGAAGUAAGGUACUAGAUAAUUACCUGCCCUACCCAGAACAAAUCCUGUGCAACGUUUCCUUGAAGAGCAGGAAGUCAGGCUGGGUGGUGUGGCUCACGCCUGUAAUCCCAGCCCUUUGGGAGGCCAAAGCGUGUGAAUCACCUGAGGUCAGGAGAUUGAGACCAGCCUGGCUAACAUGGUGAAACCCUAUCUCUACUAAAAUACAAAAAGUAGCUGGGCGUGGUGGUGCGUGCCUGUAGUCCCAACUACUUGGGAGGCUGAGGCAGGAGAAUUGCUUGAACCUGGGAGGCAGAGGUUGCGGUGAGCUGAGAUCGGCCACUGGACUCCAGACUGGGUGACAGAGUGAGACAUCAUCUCAAAAAAAAAAAAAAAAAAAAGAAAAGCAGGAAGUUUGGAAGGGGUGGCUACUGACAUAGUGAAGCAACUAGUUCAAUUCUACAACUUGACAACUACCCCUGUGCCGGGCUGUCUACAAGGAUAUUUAGAAUGUGUGAGACAUUCCUUCAAGGAACUCCAGGAACAGAGGCCUGACAUGUUGCAAUGUUUAGUGUCAAGCAGUGUACUAGAGACACAUUAUCACACUCAAACCUCACAACAGUUCUAUGAGGUAGGAGUUAUCACUCCCCUUUUAUAGAUGAAAUAGAGGCUUAGAGUGAUUGAUUUACUGAAGGUCAAACAGCCAGUAAAUGGUGUAGCAAGGAUUCCAACCUUGCCGUCUCACUAAAACUGUACAAAAAAAGAUACAAACAACAGACAAAUAGUUCCCAGGCGCCUCCCAAGUUGCCAGGCACUGCGUUUACCUCACUGACUCCUUUGAGGCUGUGGCAUUGCCUCCAUUUUCUAGGCGAGGAAAUAGGCUGAGAGCUGGGGUUAGUCUGGUCAUGACUGUGUGUGCCACUCCCACCAAAUCUCAUUUGAUGUGGUUCAUGAGGCAAAUGGCAUGGACAACUUCCUUCACAUGUCCACUGAGCAUAUGGCCUUUUACAACACUUUCUGGUUUCUGAACUACUUUACAAACCUCGCUGUCCUGUGAGGAAGGAAGAACAGUUAUUACAAUCUGCAUCUGGAAGCCAGUUGCCCUUUAGAGAUAUGGCUGCAAUUGCCUCACUGCCUAUGUCAUGUGACUCUCCGAGGCCCUUAAUGAGUAAAUGAGGGGUGCUGCAGGGGAGUCACGCUGACCACUCCCCUCCCUCCAGGCCUGCCACCCCACUGCCAGUGUCCCACCCUCCUUGCGCCCUACACUUCACUGGCUAAUAACCCCCCUCACUUUUUCCUGUGUUGAAGCCAUCCUGGAUAAUUCCCCACCCACGAAUGGUCCCUCCUCAUCUCAGAGAGCUCUCCAUGCACACCUGUUACUGUUUCUGUUUUUACCUGUAAAUAUCUGUGUCUGACUUCCAUGCCUCAUGCACCUCUAUAGGGCAAAGACUGUGUCUUAAACAUCACGGUAGCCUCAGCAUGUUGUGCAAUGAAGGUUUUUUUGUUUUUGUUCUUUGUUUUUUUUUUGGUAUUAGCUUUAUUUGUAUCAUUUUGAAAUUUUUAUCAAAAAAGCAGUGUGCCUGCUGUGGUUCCCAUCCUCUGGGAUUUAGGAAUCUUUACCCGAUUCUCCAUCCAAGUCUGUCUUUCAUAUUCUAGGCUCUUCCUAAAGUUGUCAUUCACAUAUACCCUCCAGAAUUUUAUAGGGUGUAUAAUUUGUAACAACUCGGAGGAAGCCAAUUGCCCUUUAGCAAUUGCCUCACUUCCUGUGUCAUGUGAGUCUCCUAGUCAUCACAUGACCCAUCCACAUUGGGAAGCCAGAAUUACUUGCAGGACUAACCUAGUGCCUAUAGCUAUGGCAGGUACCUGCAUCCUUGUUUUUGUUUAGUGGAUCCUCUAUCCUUCAGAGACUCUGGAACCCCUGUGCUCUUCUCCUCAUCUAGUGACCCUGAGGUGAUGGAGUUUUCAAGUCCUUCCAGAGAGGAAUGUCCCAAGCCUUCGGGUAGGGUAAGCAUCAUGGCUGGCAGCCUCACAGGAUUGCUUCUACUUCAGGCAGUGUCGUGGGCAUCAGGUGCCUUCAGCCGCUAUAAGAGCAGAAGCAGUGGUCAUCGGAUGGAGCUGAGUACAGGACUACAGGCUAAUUGCACCGGCACAGGAAUCGGAUAUAACAUCAUCUGGGUACCCAUGGCCAGCUGUGACUUCUCCAUCUGCACCUACACCUAUGUAGACACCCCUGAUGAUUUCCAGUUGCACAACUUCAGCCUCCCAGAGGAAGAUACCAAGCUCGAGAUACCCCUGAUUCACCGAGCCCUGCAGUUGGCCCAGCGUCCCGUUUCACUCCUUGCCAGCCCCUGGUCAUCACCCACUCGGCUCAAGACCAGGGGAGUGGGGAAUGGGAAGGGGUCACUCAAGGGACAGCCCAGAGACAUCUACCACCAGACCUGGGCCAGAUACAUUGUGAAGUUCCUGGAUGCCUAUGUUGAGCACAAGUUACAGUUCUGGGCAGUGACAGCUGAAAAUGAGCCUUCUGCUGGGCUGUUGAGUGGAUACCCCUUCCAGUGCCUGGGCUUCACCCCUGAACAUCAGCGAGACUUCAUUGCCCGUGACCUAGGUCCUACCCUCGCCAACAGUACUCAUCACAAUGUCCGCCUACUCAUGCUGGAUGACCAACGCUUGCUGCUGCCCCACUGGGCAAAGGUGGUACUGACAGACCCAGAAGCAGCUAAGUAUGUUCAUGGUAUUGCUGUACAUUGGUACGUGGACUUUCUGGCUCCAGCCAAAGCCACCCUAAGGGAGACACACCACCUGUUCCCCAACACCGUGCUCUUUGCCUCAGGCUGUGUGGGCUCCAAGUUCUGGGAGCAGAGUGUGCGGCUAGGCUCCUGGGAUCGAGGGAUGCAGUACAGCCACAGCAUCAUCACAAACCUCCUGUACCAUGUGGUCGGCUGGACCGACUAACCCAUCAUUGUAGACAUCACCAAGCACAUGUUUUACAAACAGCCCAUGUUCUACCACCUUGGCCACUUCAGCAAGUUCAUUCCUGAGGGCUCGGAGAGAGUGGGGCUGGUUGCCAGUCAGAAGAACGACCUGGACGCAGUGGCACUGAUGCAUCCCGAUGGCUCUACUGUUGUGGUCGUGCUAAACCGCUCCUCUAAGGAUGUGCCUCUUACCAUCAAGGAUCCUGCUGUGGGCUUCCUGGAGACAAUCUCACCUGGCUACUCCAUUCACACCUACCUGUGGCGUCGCCAGUGAUGGAGCAGAUACUCAAGGAGGCACCGGGCUCAGCCUGGGCAUUAAAGGGACAGAGUCAGCUCACACGCUGUCUGUGGCUAAAGAGGGCACAGCAGGGCCAGCGUGAGCUUACAGCGACGUAAGCCCAGGGGCAAUGGUUUGGGUGACUCACUUUCCCCUCUAGGUGGUGCCAGGGGCUGGAGGCCCCUAGAAAAAGAUCAGUAAGCCCCAGUGUCCCCCCAGCCCCCAUGCUUAUGUGAACAUGCGCUGUGUGCUGCUUGCUUUGGAAACUGGGCCUGGGUCCAGGCCUAGGGUGAGCUCACUGUCUGUACAAACACAAGAUCAGGGCUGAGGGUAAGGAAAAGAAGAGACUGGGAAAGCUGGGCCCAAAACUGGAGACUGUUUGUCUUUCCUGGAGAUGCAGAACUGGGCCCGUGGAGCAGCAGUGUCAGCAUCAGGGCGGAAGCCUUAAAGCAGCAGCGGGUGUGCCCAGGCACCCAGAUGAUUCCUAUGGCACCAGCCAGGAAAAAUGGCAGCUCUUAAAGGAGAAAAUGUUUGAGCCCA